CCCAGAACCCGUGGAAGCGAUGAAAUUGAAAUAUCCGUGGAAGUAGUAAUCCCCCCCCCCCACGUUAGAUCUGACCCAAAACUAGGCAUUUGGUUGAGAGAAAAAAACAAUGGCUGCUGAGUCUCAGUCCCCGAGUUCUGUACGAAAAGUGGUUGUCCAUCUCAGAGCAACUGGCGAUGCGCCUAUACUCAAACAAGCCAAAUUCAAGAUACCUGGAACUGACAAGUUCGCUAAAGUGAUUGACUUUCUAUGCCGGCAGCUUCAUCGGGAAACAUUGUUUGUCUAUGUCAACAGUGCAUUCUCACCAAACCCAGAUGAAUUGGUAGUUGAUCUGUAUAAUAAUUUUGGUUUUGAUGGUAAGCUGGUGGUCAAUUAUGCUUGUUCCAUGGCAUGGGGCUAACUAAUGGUGGUUGGUCUGCUGCUGUAAAUUUGUUCAUGUAAAAAGGAUACAGGAUUUGCUGGUAUAUUGAAGCUUAUGAUUAGGAUCUGAAGAGUGGAACUGAAAGUUUAUACCACAAUCAUUUGAGUUUGACAGGAUUUGUAGUGCCUGAGAUGUGCUUAUAUAAAAGGUGUAAUUUAACUAUUGAAUACAUUUUGAUAUAUAUAGCCAAAGUUACAACACAA